AUGAAGUUGAAUCCAUUCGUUUCGCGCGACUCCGGAAAGAACCGCAAGGCUCACUUCACCGCUCCAUCCCACGAGCGCAGAAGAAUCAUGUCUGCCCCACUCACCAAGGAACUCCGCGCCAAGCACGGAAUCCGAUCGAUCCCAAUCAGGUAUGUAAUUCAAGCGAAAAUUUCUCAAUUUUCCAUUUAGUAGUCCCGGGCGAACAAAAAUGUUUCCUUCGGUUUGGACAUAAUGGAGAAAUAAAAGUAAUUGCGCAUUUUUGCUUCAGAACGGAAUUUUUCCGUCUUUGUCUUAGCCCUUGUGUAAUACAUUUCUUUCAGAGUCGACGACGAAGUCAUCGUCAUGAGCGGACGUCAUAAGGGAAACACUGGACGUGUCCUCAGAUGUUACCGUAAGAAAUUCGUUGUUCACAUCGACAAGAUCACCCGCGAGAAGGUCAACGGAUCGACUGUGCACAUCGGAAUCCACCCAUCGAAGGUGAGGUUUGUUAAAAACUAGUUCCGGUGCACAUUGAAUCGAACAAACCAGGUUUGUGAGUUUUCAUUUUUUGCGCAGGACUAGAUUUUUCAAACAGUAAGUUGUGAUUUUUAUUUUUCGACGCCACCACAUCUCAGCGGAUAUUUACGAUUUGGCGACUGUUAUUCUUAAUUACAUCUGAAUUUAUAGGUCGCUAUCACCAAGCUGAAGCUCGAUAAAGAUCGUCGUGCCUUGGUCGAAAGAAAGGCCGCCGGACGUGCCCGUGUCACUGGAAUCCUCAAGGGAAAGCACACCGAGGAAUCAGUCAACUAA